GUGCUCCUCUCGAAAAAGAUGCUGCCCGUGUGCCCCUCACUGGCUUUGCUAACCAGCCUGCGCCUCUUACCCACGACACCACCAACCUGCAACCUCGACUCGUUCCCAGCAGGUCGCGCGCACCCAAGCGCCAUCGUCGCAAACAUGGCUCGAGUCUACGCCGAUGUCAACCAAAACAUGCCGCGUAGUUACUGGGACUACGACAGUGUCAACAUCGGCUGGGGAGUCUUGGAAAACUACGAGGUCGUGAGGAAGAUUGGCCGCGGCAAAUACUCCGAAGUCUUCGAGGGCAUCAACGUCGUCAACUACCAGAAAUGCGUCGUCAAGGUCCUCAAGCCCGUCAAGAAGAAGAAGAUCAAGCGCGAGAUCAAAAUCCUGCAGAACCUGGCCGGCGGGCCCAACAUCGUCGCCCUGCUCGACGUUGUCCGGGAUUCACAGAGCAAGACGCCCUCGCUCAUCUUCGAAUAUGUCAACAACACCGACUUCCGCACCCUGUACCCGAAAUUCAUCGACAUCGAUGUCCGCUACUACAUCUUUGAGCUUCUCAAGGCCCUCGACUACUGCCACAGCAAGGGGAUCAUGCACCGCGACGUGAAGCCUCAUAACGUUAUGAUCGAUCAUGAGAACAAGAAGUUGCGCCUCAUCGAUUGGGGUCUGGCCGAGUUCUACCACCCGGGUACCGAGUACAAUGUCCGCGUCGCGUCGCGCUACUUCAAGGGGCCGGAGUUGCUCGUCGACUUCCAGGAGUACGACUACAGUCUGGACAUGUGGAGUCUCGGCGCCAUGUUCGCAUCUAUGAUCUUCCGCAAGGAGCCCUUCUUCCACGGAAACAGCAACGCCGACCAGCUCGUCAAAAUCGCCAAGGUGCUCGGUACCGACGAUCUGUUCGACUACCUGGACAAGUACGAGAUAGAGCUCGACGCCCAAUACGACGACAUUCUCGGCCGGUUUCAGAAGAAGCCUUGGCACAGCUUUGUGAACUCCGAGAACCAGCGCUUCGUCAGCAAUGAGGCGAUCGACUUCUUGGACAAGCUGCUGCGUUACGAUCACGCGGAACGCCUCACCGCAAAAGAGGCCAUGGCCCACCCCUACUUCGCCCCCAUCCGCGACCCGGAAACACUUCAGCAGUACCUGGCCAGUGGCACGCAAUCUUGAGCCCGUGAGAGGGAAACUUUGUGCCAGAUGUGCAUAUCGCGUUACGUUGCCCUAGGUUUGCAAAUCAACGCAAAAUCCUAGACCGUUUGUAUGGGCCGGACAUUAAAACCCUUCGUUCCGAAAGCUAGCCAUUGUCCCGUCCUAGAGGCGAGGUUUUUAUGGGAGUUGACUAUCCGCGGUGUCUCAAAACAAGAAAAUCACUACGCCGAGUCUUUGAUCACCCCCCGUAUACCCCCACGCGUUGUCGCACGGGCGUAACAAGCGACAUUGGUUCUGCCGUUGAUGGGUGAGGGAAGGGAGUUAAUCGGGGGUUUGUAGUUUGGGAGUUUAGUCGUUAC